AUGUACAGAGGAUUAGUUGAUGGUGAUAAGAUGAGCAAAUUUCUGCGUCGUUUUGGAUACGUACGAAAUAUUGCGAAGUUACAAUCAAAUUCAAAAAGUUCGACAAACAUUACCGAAGGUUUAAAAACUUUUCAACGUUAUAUUGGAAUUAAUGCAACAGGUACUGUUGAUGAUUUGACAUGGAUAACAAUGAUUAAACCAAGAUGUGGAAACAAAGAUAUUCGUAUUCAAAGACGAAAGCGUUUUAUUCUUCAAGGUAGCCGUUGGCCGUCAAGAGGUCUUUCGUUUCGAAUUAUAAAAUAUCCAACCGCAUUUCCAAGACAAUUCGUUGAAAUAGAAUUAUCUAAAGCAUUGAGGUUGUGGAGUGAUGCAUCCAGUCUGACAUUCGAACAUAGAAAGAAGAGAGAUAAGUUUACAGAUCGGGAAACAGACAUCCAAAUAUCAUUUGAAAUUGGUGAUCAUGGUGACACAGAGCCGUUCGAUGGGCCGGGAAAUGUUUUAGGACAUGCUUUUUUCCCACAAUACGGUGGUGACGCUCAUUUUGAUAACGAUGAAUAUUGGACAACGAAAAGUUUAGAAGGUGUAAACUUGUUUCAAGUUGCUGCUCAUGAAUUCGGUCAUUCCCUAGGACUCGAACAUUCAAACGACCCUGAAGCAAUCAUGGCACCCUGCAAUAAUGUCUAUCGACGAACAAGAUUUGGUUUUGACUCUGACUAUCCAAAAAAUAUUCGUGAUCUGUUCGGCCGAUGGGAGGGUGGAGUAUGGCAGAGUAUUCCAGAUAAUCUAGACACAGCAUUAUCAUGGUCGAAUGAUCAAACAUAUUUUUUUAAGGGAAUGUAUUAUUGGAAGACAAUUCGAUUUACACUACAACCGGGAUAUCCAAGAAAAAUUAGUGAAGGUUUCAUUGGUCUCGAUGAAUCAAAAUUUUUUACGGGCAAUCUAGAUGCUGCUUUUGUUUAUAGUGGUGAUCAAAAAACAUACUUCAUUUCCGGUGCACUGUUUUGGCGUUUGAAUGAAAACCGCGAAUUUAGAGGUCAAAUUGAGCAUGAUUAUCCACAAUUUGUUAUAAAUUGGCUUCGUAUAACAAAUAAAAUUACAGAUGCUCUACAGUGGAUAAAUGGAAAAACAUAUUUUUUUUCCAGUAACGUAUACUACCGAUACGACCAUGUACGACAAAAAGUUGAAGAUGUUAAUCCACCGUUUCCACGUCUAAUAUCAGACUGGUGGUUGAACUGUAACCAGACAAACUCUAAUCAUGAUAGUACUUUUAGUGACAUUCCAUAUAUUACUAAACUGUACACAAGACCGCGACGAUACGUUGUCGAAAGCGAGCGAAACCGAUGCAGAAAAGAAUGUGUUGGUUUGUGUUUUCGAAUUAUACCAUUUUUACUUCUAGUAUCUGUGAUGUUUCACUAA